GAUCUACAACCGAGCGAUAGCUAGCCAACCAGUACCACCACCAAGCAGCGUGAGAGAGCUACACUUCUUCUUCCCGUGCCCUGCGAGGUCACACCGUGGAAUCAUGGGAGAGACCUGAUGGCGGUCAAAGCACGGAGCGAGCUUUGUGCUGGUCUGUCUGGACGCUGCUGGAGCCUGGCAACUCAAUUUGUGCCCAAGGCCAUCUGUCCUCACACAGUGACCAGUGAACAGUUUUCAAAGUCAACUGUGUUUAGCUGGUUAGUCCUGUUCUUGCAGCAACGUAGACUUUUGAUAUGAAAGCAUUUCCUUCCUGAGGUGUUCUCAUUCAAGGACUUACCUGUAGUCUCUGAUACAGCCUGGUACAUAUACUAUUGUAUGGUUUCACUCUGUUUUCGAAGUCGAAUCAAAUUAUAAAGGAACAUUUUUGUUCUUAAUAAUAAAAGAAUCGUUUUUCAUUUUCAUUCAGUUUAUGCUAAAUGAAGGAUAAAAUAUGUAAAAAAAAAAAAAAUGCAUGAUCUGAUCUGACCUGAGUAAGUAGCUUAAACAUGUCGCUGCCCUCAAAAUGAUCCGUUCAACACAGACAGAGUGGCUUGUUUUGAAAAGCAGUAAAAUCAAUUUACCCUAAGCUACAACACGUGAUGAGACACAAUAACCUUGUACUGUAUACCACAUGCAUCUGAUGUGUCUCUCUUCAAUGAUUCAGCAGAUAUUAUUGCUUUGGGAAGGUGAAAGGGCUACUGACAGAGGUUACGACAAGGAUGUCUGAAAUUCUAGCUAUUCCUGACUCUUGCCUGUUAUUUCUGUUAAAUAUGCCUGCUAUUGUUAGCUCAGCCUGGCUUAGCUUUAGUCACUGCCACUAGAGGUUUGGAAACCUGUGGUGACUGAGACGUAACUACGCUCCUACAGUGCUGCAGAGGGUUUAGAUGAAGGGAGCUUGUCCUUUGAAAAUCCAAAUUUUUGCAAAUCAAAUAAACGUAAACUAUUCAAGUGAAAUCAUUUAAUAACAUUUACAUAGGAUGCAGGUAUUUUAUUUACAGUCAGUCGUUGAUCUCCUUGUUCUUUGGUUAAUUGGUCUGCAUUCCAAAAAGUAUUCUGUAACACUAUUGAGCACAUUUGUGACGGGCACACACACACACACACACAGCAGAGACAGAAUCAGCUGUAGUCAAUGGGGUUUUCUGGGUGGCAUUGUAUCUUCAUUCAUAAGUCUGAUCUGAUUGAGAUUUGCCUCCAUUUGUUUUCACUUCAGACUUGUAUUUCAGGCUGCAGUUUAUUUUUAUUAUAAAUACAAACACUGUAAAAAAAAAAGAUAGAUGUCACAAAAGAUGUUAGUUUGGGUUAUCCCCCCUGGCUUUUCCAGUCAUUAACAAUAUUUGCAUGGAAAAUUUGAAUAUUCUGGUCUCAUGUAGGCAUGUAUAAAUAAUACUUUAGUUUCAUUACACUUGGUGAGCUCAGAUACAACCUUAAUUGGCUCCCAUCUUUGGAAAAACAACAGAUUACUGUAAUCUUGUUCUCAGCCAUGAUCUGACGUUACAUGACAAAGCAGCAUGAAUGUCUCAUAACAGUGACCAGAUUAGUCUUCCUCUUUGAGACACAUGUCUCUGGGAUGAGUCACAGCAUUUUGAUCCUCUCAGUUUGUGAAGGAAGAUUUAUUCAAGUGUAAAUUUAAGAAAUUUCUCUACCUGAAGCUGAAGACUAGAAACAAAAAAACUUUGAAAAGUGUUUAUCUAAUAUUUAGUGCUAUGUUACAUUUUUAUGCAAAAAAGUGAGAUGGGCAUUUGAAGUAUUAGACCCUACUGUAUAGCACCUUGCUUAUCUAAUGUCAGUAAUAACAUGGUCUCUCUUGAAUUCAUUGAAAUUAAAUAAAUGUCUCAUAAUGUGUUUGCUCUACACUAUUUACGUUCAGAUUAGAAGUUGUAUCUUAAAUGUGAUACAGAUGAUGACACUGUGAAUUCAAACAUCCAACUCACUGUCCACUACCUGUUCACAUGAUCAUAAAGAUUUUGGUUCCAACUCAUGCAAAUGCAACCAGUUUCCAAUUGCUCAGUUAUGCUUUCUCUCAUAUCAGAACUGUACUUGAGAAUUCUGGUAAAAAGAAAAAAAUAAAGCCAAUAAAUAAGAAAAUAUGAUUCAGCAGGACCCAGUGCAAUAUGAGUAGAUAAGAUCCCUCUCUGUCCUGUAUUAAAAAGCCGCAGGCUCUCAGCACACAGCAGCAGACAGGGUAGCCUGCACUCCAUAAUUAUUGACAGGUUUGAUGUACUCAGCGAGUGGAAAGUAUGGGGAAAUUGGAGUUUCAGUUGUCUACCCCCAGGCAUAUGACUGUAAUGGAAAGAUUAAAAGCAGUAGUCACAUCACCCACCCGGUGCCAAAAUACUAGCUGUUCCCUCUGACUCCCACCUCACUGUUUAUUCCCAUCAGCUCCAUUUUUACUUUUUCCCAGCCACGAUAACUGGAUUAUAGGGGAUUCACUUAUUUAAAGACUUGUUUAAAAGCUCUACAGUAUAUUUUUGGAUCAUCCAAGAAUACAACCACAGCAACAGUGUUUGAGGCUCCAGAGGGAUCUAAUCGAAGCAAGUUACCUUUGCCUUGUAGGACAGUGCUGUGCAGUAGAGCAGUCAGUCAGUUACAGGCUUAGUAGGUCAGCCCAGCGUAGCCUGUACCCUCUGUGCCACUCGGCCAGGAUCACACUUUCAUCUGCUGUUCAAGGACUUGCUGCACAACUCCGUCAUGUCUCUUAGGCUCUUGCCUGCUUUUGUUGUGGACAAUGAUGACGACGAUGAUGGUAACUUCACAAAAUGGAUGAGCAGUUACUGGGGCCAUGGAGCAGAGGCCAGACACUCCAGAGAAAGAAAACGCAGUUUCAGAAGACCUUCGAAAACACAAGUUGAUCGAAGAGCGUCACUCCCGACUGUGUCACAGUUAGAUGCCAUGAAGUUGAACAGGCUCCAUGCAGCGACGAUGGCACCCUCCCCGAGCCACAUCAAAACCAGAGAGGAGAAGGGGGAGGUCAGACCCCACCAGAGAGCCCGUCGUGCCUCCUCGGAUGACAACAGCCGUCCAAAGUCAGCCAUCCCGGAGAACCGCAUCACCACCAUCCCAGAGCUCACAGAGUCAUUCGAGAGGAGACUUUGUCUCCGUGAUAAGAACAAUAUGUCUCUGAAUGACGAUGACAAGCUGUGCUUGAUCUGUCAUGAGGAGGUGCGGAAGAAUGGAGGGGGAGUCCAGGAGCUGCACUGUACACACCGCUUCCAUACAGAGUGCAUGGAGCAGUGGCUUUGGAAGAAACAGAUGUGUCCCACAUGUCGUGUCCAUGUGUCCAUGCUGAAGCCCCUCUACUGGUCUUCAUCCCGCACCAAAGUCCCAUAAUAGCCAUGUACCUAUACCUGCAAUGUCUGCAUGCCCAUGUGACCCCCUGACCCCAAGACCUCCAGCGCCACACCUCCACUGCUCCACAUGUCAGGGUUUACUGAGAACUGUGCUCAAAAAGAGACUUUAGGUCACCUUCUGUCACAGGAGUAUCCUGGACAGUGUGUGAGAAUAAGGACCCCUCGAUGCGAGAGAAAAAUGGUAAUAUGGUGGGGUCUCACACUGUUAAUUUUUAAAAGAUUACAUAUAAAUUAUGCUCUAAUAUGAGAGGUUUUGUCUGUGUAAUUAUUUUUAAAGCUCUCCUUUGUCUGACAAGAACAAAGUUGACAUUACACACUGCUUUCAGAAUAUCAGUAGUAUGUCCAGUAUUUACAUACCGGUAUUCAAAUGAAUGGUAGCCACUAUUGUUUUAUGCAGUGCAGAAGCCUUGGAGAAGUUAUCUGAUAACAUCAUGGACAGAAACAAUACACACAGUUUCAUGAUGACUAGCUUUGCUAACAUGUUAGUGAGUCAGAGCACCUACCUGCUUCAUACCUGUGUUAAUAAUAUUUACUCUGAAGUUAUAAAAGUGAACUCCUUCUACUAAAACAAAGAGCUUAUCUGUUAUAGUGUUCUAUUUUCCACCUACUCUGUUGGCCUGCCUUAUUGUUUUGCAUGUCAUACAUUUUGCAUGUGAGAUCUAAACUGCUGUCCUCUCCACACUGUUAUGUAUCCUGCACUGCCAAAUGACUAUCUCACUGUGUGCUAAAUGCCUGACACUAUCAGACUGUCUGUGUAUAAAUGGAUCCACAUAAAUGUGAAAUUAUAUUAAUUUGAUUUUAUUUCUAGCUCCUGACAAAUAGUUAUGUUUUAACGUACAGGAUGUGUAUCAGAACUAUCAGAACGCUGGUAAUCUGCUGUGAUCUCAUGUUGAACCAACCAGCACAAAUAAAAUUGUGUUAUCAGUAUCAGUAUGUGGUAUCAGUGUAAUUCUAACUGUAAGAUUUAUCUGUUUAAAGGCAAAACGACAUUGUAAUUGAGCUGUACCAAUGGUCCUCUCUGACAGAACUUCGGUUUCUCAUACACAGCAUGAAACAUUUUGUUGCCGUCCUGCAUUUUAGAAGAUUUUUACUCAGAACCGCUUGAGAGCUGAGUGACGCUACAAUCGACAACAAGCAUUCGCACGCAGCUCUGUUCUCCACUGCUGUGGUCUGCAAUGCAAAUAAAAAC